AUGGGUCCGAAAACGGAGAAGAGCAGUCUGAAGCGGAACCGGCAUAGCACCGGUGACGACCAGGACACCAAGAAACCGCGCCGAUCGCAGAGGAUCUCGUCCCAGUCCCAGAAAGAUGGCCAGCACACUCCUCUCAAGCAGCAGUAUCUACCGUCGCCCUUGACCCAUAAUGCGUCGACUGCUACAGAACCAGCCAAAGAAGCCACCGCAACCCCGCCAGAGGGUCGCCCGAGUCAGAUUCGCCAUGUCACUCCCUUAUCAUCUCCUCAGCUAAACGCUCUAUCGUCCCCUCCGCAGGAUACACAGCCGCUUUCGCAAUUCGUCUACCCCCCGCGAGACAUAGAACCCGAUCUGAACGACGACGACGGGACUUGGGGGUAUUUGUUCCCCACGGGGUCGGCAGGGCAUCGGUUGGUCCUGAAAAAAAGAGCAUUCUGCCCGGCACCGGCGAAACCGCUUGAAGUAGGACGGUCGACUGUGAAGUCCAAGAAAAGGGGCAAGACGGAGCUCAAUGACGCCGAGGUCGAUUAUGAAAAGGAGAAGGAAAUAACAGGGUUCCCCGCCGGCGGGUAUCUUGUUGGACGACACCCGGAAUGUGACCUGAUUGUUGACAUCCCCACGGUGUCGAAUCGGCAUUGCCUGAUCUUCAAUGAAAAUCGGAAUUCUGGCACUCUAGCUGUUCUGGAGGAUCUGUCUAGCAAUGGCACCUUCGUCAAUGAGGCGCUUGUCGGCCGCAAUAAACGGAGGGAAUUGGAGGAUGGGGACGAGAUCACCAUCUUGGACGAAGCACGGUUUGUCUUUCGAUACCCGAAAAGCCGAGAUUCGAGUGCUUUCAACUCGCGUUACCGGAUCCUGCAGCAGCUAGGAAAGGGUCAUUUCGCCACUGUUUAUCUCUGCGUGGAGAGGCUCACGGGCUUCAAGUACGCUGUCAAGAAGUUCGAGCGACGGAUGGGAGAGUCUCAGCGGUCACAAUCGGAAGGACUGCAACAGGAAAUCGCUGUGCUGAUGAGUGUCAGCCAUCCGAACAUCCUGUGCUUAAAGGAGACCUUCGAUGAACCGGAUGGGGUCUAUCUCAUCUUGGAACUCGCUCCAGAGGGCGAGCUCUUCAACCUGAUCGUGAGCAAGCAAAGGUUGACGGAAGCCGAGACACGGAGAGUCUUCAUCCAAUUAUUCCAGGGCACCAAGUACCUCCACGAGCGUGGGAUCGUGCACCGCGACAUCAAACCGGAAAAUAUUCUUCUUACAGAUAAGAAUUUGUCGGUCAAACUGGCGGACUUUGGUCUGGCCAAGAUCAUCGGGGAGGAAUCGUUCACGACAACGCUGUGCGGGACCCCAAGUUACGUCGCUCCGGAGAUUCUCGAAAACUCCCGCCAUCGAAAGUAUACGAAAGCAGUCGACGUGUGGUCCCUUGGAGUUGUGUUAUACAUUUGUUUAUGCGGCUUUCCGCCAUUUUCCGAUGAACUGUAUUCACGGGAGAACCCAUACACCCUUGCACAACAGAUCAAAAUGGGCCGCUUCGACUAUCCAUCUCCGUAUUGGGAUAGCAUCGGCGACCCUGCACUUGACCUAAUCGAUCGUAUGCUGACGGUUGACGUGGAAAACCGAAUCACAAUCGAUCACUGCCUUGAACAUCCUUGGACGAGAAAUGUCGGUUACAUCAAUCCUGCCGAUUCCACCGACGGUCUAACAGGGGCAAUGGGUGCCUUGGACUUUUCUAAGCGUAAAGUCCAGCGCGAACGCACCUUGCUGGCGAAUAUCAACGACAUCAAAGUGAGCAAAGUAGUCGACCUCCCCGAUCAGAAGGUGCCUGGCCAAACUCGACCCCCAGGCUCCCCGGUACAUGUCAAAGUCUGGGAUAAGAACCCUUCCGGCAAAAAUGUGAGGAUAAGUCCGCCUCAAAUCCGGAAAGCCGACGGUAGAAAUGGCGAGGCAGAUCCUAAGCACGAAGAGCACCCGGCCGCCCACAGGCAGCAGGACGAAUUUAUGCAAAUGGGCGGGCGGGGAGACAUGCAAUUAUUCGGAGAUGAUGCCUCGUCAAGGUACUUGCCAGAGGAAAAACCGAAAUAA